AUUCCCCUCAUCCAAGCAGCGGACGGGAAGGUUCGACAAAGUUUUGCACUCCAUUAUAUAAAAGCCGGACGCUCCCAAAUCAUGGAAGCUGUGGGAUUUGCCUCUAGCAUUCUCACAUUCAUCGACAUUGCGACAAAGAUAGUCCGCGGAGCCUAUGAGGUUCACAACUCAGUUUGCGGGGCCACCCAAGAGAAUGUCCAUAUCACCGCCAUCGUCAAUGAUUUGGAGAAGGCAGCAAGAAGCUUGGACAUUAUUCCAGAGGCGAAAAAUGACCAUGAGCUGGUGAAAGUAUCAAAGGACUGCCAAGGAUUGUCGCGCGAAUUGCUUGAGGAGCUAGACAAACUCAAGAACAAGCAUGGAGGCGUGUGGGGGAGCCUCGCCGCGGCCUGGGCUGUCCUGAGGAAGCAGAAAAACGUGAUAUCUAUGGAGAAUCGACUUGACAAGUACCGACGGCAAGUUCAGCUCAGGUUACUUAUCCUUCUCUUCGCAGCGCAGUCCCCCAUUAAGCAGCAUCUGCAAGAGCUCCACCAGAUUGGUGUCGAUCUUUCAAACACCAGCGCGCGGCGCAUGGAGGACUUGGAGAGCAAGCUAUCUGCUACUCUUCAAAUGGAGUGUCAAGGACUUCGAGGGCAGAGUACCGACGUCGCGGAUAAAGUUCAACGUCUGACUUCCACGUCUAAUCAGGCCAUGGAGAAAAUUGAUCAUCUCUCCGGUAAAUUCGACGAGCUUCUCAACCUGGUGCAAGAUCCAAGAAUGGAGCAACGACGAACAGAAAUGUCGGAGCAUGGAAGCUCACUCGAAAAGCUAGUGCACCAACUCGGCGAAUUCCAGUCUCUGGUCGAGUCUCUGCCCAGAGAGAAUCGAGUCCUCCGAAGGUUGCACUUUGCCUCAAUACUCCGCCGAGAGGGCAAUAUAGAGCGGCCUGCCUCCGGAACCUUUAGCUGGGCGGUAGAGGGAAUCCGCCAUCAGAUCGCAGUUGCUCCAAAUACAAGCGGAACCCCCUCUUCAUUCCAGCUGAUGCUGAUGACGACCGAAGACAUAGGUCGACAACUCGUGUCGAAGGAAUUGCAGCAGUUUCUUGCGUACAACGGCAGCACAUUCUUCAUCUACGGCAAGGCAGGCUGCGGGAAGUCCACUCUUAUGAAGUUCCUCGCACAUCACAGUCUUGUUCGACAGGAGCUGGCCGGUUGGGCAGGGGGCCGGAAGUUGGUUACCAUUAACUUGUUCUUCUGGAGAUCGGACGAUCCGUUGCAGAAGUCACUCGAGGGGUUCCACCGCACGAUCAUCUACCAUACGCUGUGUCAAUGUCCUGAGCUCAUGCCCAAAGUCUUCCCUUGUCGGGAUACGGUAGGAACGCCGGAUGCGGCCGAGUUCCAAAUCAAGGAGCUCGCAGAGGCCUUCGGGAGGCUGAUGGAGCAUACCGAUGUUGAUACCCAUCGAUUUUGCUACUUCAUAGACGGGCUGGAUGAGUACGAAGGAAAGAGUUCAGACCACAGACAGCUAGCAGAGCAGUUGGCCGCCUGGGCGCGCUCUGACGCCGUCAAGAUCAUUUGCUCCGCUCGUCCAGAUACGAUAUUUCUCAAGGUUUUCACAGAUUCCGGCACCAUUGUCGACUUCGGGCAGCUAAAUCGAAGCGACCUUACAAAGUUCGCGAGGGCUCGGUUCGAGAGUGAGCUGCUCGCCCCGGACUACAAAUCGGGGCAUGACAUUUGCCAAGGACUGGUCGUGGAUAUCGUCGACAAGGCUGAGGGCGUUUUCGUCUGGGCUGUUUUCGUCGUGCAGUCGCUGAUAAACGGCGUCCUGGAAGGCGAUGACGACGAGGUGUCCCUCCACGAGAGGGUCAAGGAUUUCCCCACCGACUUGAACGCCAUGUUCCGCCAGAUGCUGGACCGGGUCGAUCCAACUCCGCAUGUACGGAGGAGGUCCGACAUGCUGCUGUAUCUUGUAACUAACAGCACUAUCAACCGCCCACUCAACGGGCUGCUUUGCGCCUGGCUUGGAGACUUGGGCUGGUUUCAGGACUCAGCUCGCUCCGAGUUCCCUUUCGAUCGGGCUAUAGAGCCGUAUGACUCCUCCGUCAUCGAAGAAAAGCUCGCCAAGGCCCGCAAGCUUCUGCACUUGCUGACGCAAGGCCUUCUGGAGAUUCAGGACACCACUGAGAUUUCUACUCUCCAAUCCCCAACUGACUUAUAUCUGAGGUACCGCGUCGACUUUUUCCACCGCUCCGUCCGCGACUUCUUGCGGGACGAGUGGAAGAUUAGGCGCCCGCUCUUCUCGUCAGCCGAGGACGAAAUGCGGGCGUACUGUCGGCUUUACAUCGCAGAAGCUCAGUUCUUUCCAAACGUCGCCCCACAGGACCGAAUCCGGGACAUGUUCGAGUACACAUUCAUCUGGCUUUCUGACCGUGUCAGGGAGGGCCACACGCCUCCCUUACAAUACGUUCAACAGUUCGAUCACAUCAUUUCCAAAUCACCAGCAAAGGCGCUCGCACGGCGGGGCAGCCGAUCUCCUCGAUGGGGUCCAUGUUUCCUAGGAAAGAUGGAGAUCACCGAAACCUCAUCGCGAAGGUGGCACACCAUAGACGGCCAUGACUGUUCAUUCCUUCAUUGGGCAGCAUAUUGGCACCAGGGCGCGUACGUCCGGCAAAAGCUUUCGAGUGGGGUCUCUAUCGAUCAAGUUGACACCACGGAGCUCAACCUCCUCCUUAGCGCGUCAAUUGGUACUGACGUCGAACUGGUCCGGGAUAUCUUAUCGAGAGGAGGGCAUUCAACAGAUCUCGUCGAGACAGCGAUUGCGACAUCAUCUCUUAACACAGUAAGUGGCGACGUUGGCAGCGUUCCGGUGUGGAUGGUCAUCCUCCGGGACUUUGCCAGCAAUGUCCGUACAUACUGCUGGAAGCGCCGCGUUGAGGCCACCUGGCCCCCUCAUCUCAGUCUAGAGUGGCUGAAGAGGUUCGCCGAAGUCCUAGAGGCCCACCUCCGAGCUGGUGCAGACCCCGACUUCUUCUUUCUCGUCUGGCCGGAGGUUACCGAGUCGGAUGGGCCCGUGGAGUUAUGCCGUGUCAAUCUCCACCAACUUCUGGACAUUUUUAAACCGCCUAAUCUAGCUUCAUUGGACAAGUUGCUGGCCCGCAGAGUACAGGGACAGGAUCUGGAAGGGGAGGAUAAAUCCCAGGACAACUCCGACAUGUCCAAGUUAUAUCCCCCGGCGGGGUUGGAUAAGCUGCUUGAUUUUGACUGGGAAAUCUACGGAGUUGUAUUCCAAUGUGGUGGGAGGCUGUGUGGAGACUUUACGGUUCGGGUAUUCUGAGAUUUCCCAGAUGACAUACUUUAUGAUUUGAGUAGGUAGUGUUGGUCAUCGUCAGCUUAACAUUGAACGUAUUUCAUUGUCCCUUCCAAAAUAUCGACUAAAUUUUAUUAGUUCUAAUGAG